CUGUAGGUUUUUUUUUGGUAUCCCUGGUCCCCGUGCGCACACAGACAGCUCGCGCUGUGUUUAUUAGAUUAGAAACGAAAUUUCGGUCCAUUAAUUGCAAGUACACGCGUUUAUUUCGAAACGGGCAGUGAUUUUCGGUGCGCCAGGUUCCCUUGUCGUGCGUGCAGUUUUGUAAGUUGUUCGUGGAAGUGUAUUAGAUGCAAGCAGGCGUAGCCGUCGUUUGAUGUUGUCGGGGAAAGAAACUCCAUCCGGGCGUCCGGCUGUCAUCAGUUGCAGCUGAACGCGUUCCUCGACGAUGUGACCGUGUGGCGCAUAUAUUUAUCCGUAGUGUGCCCCUGUGUGAAAUAACACCCACCCAGCACGGCAUUCCCCGGAACACCCGGAACAUCCGCGUGUGUGUGUGUGUGAGAGAGAGAGCGAGAGCGAGAGUGUGAGUCAAGUUCGCGCGCCGGAUAACACCAAACACCCUUCACCCAAUCAACCCGUACACACCGGAACGACGAACACAGGCGGACGGACAUCAAUCGAUCAACACAGCAACCAACCGAUCAAGACUUGAAGGGAACCGAGAGUAGUGCUUUCCUUUGCCCAGUUCGCCGCAUUUCGCCAUGGCUAGCAUAGUAGAGGAAAAUGGCAGCGCGGGUGCUGGAGCUGCAACGGAUGGAAUGCAUCCAAGCGAUGGAACGUACCGACUGCGGAUUAAGGUUGUUGCUGGGCUGCAGCUUGCAAAGAAGGAUAUAUUUGGCGCCAGCGAUCCGUACGUGCGCAUUGACGUAAACCAAAUCAACGGCGACGCAACCGUCCUGUCCAAGUUUACCAAAACGAAGAAACGCACGCUCGAUCCGAAGUGGAACGAAGAGUUUAUCCUGCCGGUCAGCCCGACCGAGCACAAGCUCGUGUUGCAGGUGUUCGAUGAAAACAGGCUGACGCGGGACGAUUUUCUCGGUAUGGUCGAGCUGUCGCUCGAUCAGCUGCCGAAGGAGCGGCCGGGCGUUGAGAUACCGGUCCGGAGCUACCCACUGCGACCGCGCAGGUCAGUACGCGCUCGCUCAAACGUGAAAGGUGAGCUACAGCUGUACCAUGCGUUCGUUGUCGACCAGGACACCAAUGAGACUGAUUGGGAGAUGAUUGAGCCAAAUCCUGCAACGACUGUCACCGGCACGCCACGUACCUCGACCAGCAACAGUACCACGUUUGAGUUGCCCCAGGGCUGGGAAGAGCGCCAGGAUGCCAAUGGCCGUACUUACUAUGUGAAUCACGUUGCCCGAUCCACCCAGUGGGAAAGACCCACGGCAGUGCCUAUGGAAACGAUUGCAGAGAGCGAUAUGGAUGUAGCAUUCCAGCGUCGCGUGCACAUCAGUGUGGACGACAGUGCGACGCUAAACUCUUCGCGCAGCAAUUCGACCAUUUCAUCGUCUACCGGAAGUCUUGCGGCUGGCAAUGCGAACGAAACAAACCACGGUCAGGAUGGUAACCGGGAAGAAUCCACGGUAGUACUGCGCCAGAAUUCGGCACAAUCCCUCCGAACGAUGCAUGUCAGUACACCGCCAAGAUUGCCGGCAGCGCUUGUGCGUAGUGCAAGCCGUGCCGUUCCGAUUCCAUCCAGUACACGCGGCCGAACACUGCCGAACCGUUCCAGAAGUGCCGUUUCAAGGCGGAUAACACUGGCAGAUCAUCGUUCAGCGGCACCUUACACGAGUGUGCGAGAGUCUUUGAAGCUCGCGGAAGAAAGUGUACCGGACGCGGAAGAGGAGGGUGAGAACGGUGGUGCGCAACUGCGCUCGGCAGCACAUCAAAGCGAAAGUGGUCGCCGAUCCUCCAGCCGGUCGUCAAUCGCAAGCGAUAAUAGUUUGCGUGCGCAACAGCAGCGCAUCGAUGCGGCGGAAGAGGACCUGAUCGCCAGUACUAGCAGUGCAGUGGUACGCAGCGGUAGCAGUAACAGCAACAGUAGCAGUGUGAGUGCCGGCAGUAACGUUAGCGGCGAUCGGCGUCCUUCCGCCAGUAAUACCGGCAACAACAACAACAACAACAACGGUGGCAGCAACAUGUCCGGUGGUUCAGCCGGCCAACCAACCACGGGUAGCAAUACCAUCAACAACAACGACACAAGUGACGAUCGGUCGUCGACGCGAUCGUCCACGUCGAACGAGAACGAUUCGUCCGGCAGUAGCCCAUCGGGUGGGGUUGGUGGCAGUUCGCAAACACUGCCGACCGGCUGGUCGAUGCAGCUCGCACCGAACGGGCGUGUGUUCUUUAUCGACCACAAUGAGCGUAAAACUUCGUGGGUAGAUCCACGGACGGGUCGGGCAAGUCCGAUGCCGCUCAGCCUGGGUGCCGCCGCGCUAAACGAUGUGAGACGUCCCGAGGAUGGGUUGGCACCGCUACCGGAAGGUUGGGAGGAGCGUGUCCACAGUGACGGGCGUAUCUUCUUUAUCGAUCACAAUACCAGAACCACCCAGUGGGAAGACCCUCGACUGUCCAUUCCGACCAUCGCCGGACAGGCGGUUCCCUACUCGCGUGAUUACAAACGAAAGUACGAGUACCUGAAGACGCAACUCCGAAAGCCGCAAAACGUGCCGAACAAGAUCGAAAUCAAAGUACGCCGUGCGUCCAUCAUGGAGGAUUCGUACCGGAUCAUCAACUCCGUCACCCGGCUCGAUCUGCUCAAGACGAAGCUGUGGAUCGAGUUUGAGGGUGAAGCGGGACUGGAUUACGGUGGGCUGGCACGCGAAUGGUUCUAUCUGCUGUCGAAGGAAAUGUUUAACCCGUACUACGGUUUGUUCGAGUACUCGGCGAUGGAUAACUACACGCUCCAGAUCAAUCCGUACAGUGAGCUGUGCAACGAGGACCAUUUGCUGUACUUUAGAUUCAUUGGGCGGAUCGCCGGUAUGGCCGUGUACCAUGGUAAGCUGCUCGAUGCGUUCUUCAUCCGGCCGUUCUACAAAAUGAUGCUGCAGAAACCGAUCGACCUAAAAGACAUGGAGGCGGUGGACACAGAGUACUACAACUCGCUCGUCUGGAUCAAGGAGAACGAUCCGAGCGAGCUGAUGCUGACGUUCUGCGUGGACGAGGAUACGUUCGGGCAGACGACGCAGCACGAGCUGCUCCCGAACGGGGCAGCCAUCGAUGUGACGAACGAGAACAAGGACGAGUACAUCCGGCUGGUCAUACAGUGGCGGUUUGUGUCGCGCGUCCAGGUACAGAUGCAAGCGUUUCUCGAUGGGUUCGGUUCGCUGGUGCCGCUUAAUCUGUUGAAAAUUUUCGACGAGCACGAGCUGGAGCUGCUGAUGUGCGGCAUCCAGAACAUUGAUCUGCGCGACUGGAAGCGCAACACGCUGUACAAGGGCGACUACUACCCGAACCACGUCGUGAUCCAGUGGUUCUGGCGUGCGGUACUAUCGUUCUCGAACGAAAUGCGUGCCCGGCUGCUGCAGUUCGUAACCGGCACGUCGCGCGUACCGAUGAACGGCUUCAAGGAGCUGUACGGAUCGAACGGGCCGCAGAUGUUUACGAUCGAGAAAUGGGGUACGCCGGACAAUUAUCCACGAGCACACACAUGCUUCAACCGACUCGACUUGCCACCGUAUGAAAACUAUAUGCAGCUCAAGGAGCGACUCAUUCAGGCUGUGGAAGGAAGCCAAGGUUUCGCGGGUGUCGACUAGAUAGAGAGAGAGAGAGGGAGAGAGAGAGAGAGCGAGGUACGCCAGCAAGUGUGGUCUCUGGCAAAUGGUGGUGAAUGAAGUGACGCGAAUCAAACAUGUACGCCGUCCAAGUAGGCCACCAAAAACAUCACUUACACACACACACACAUACAAAACCACAUACACAACACAAUCUACACACAUACUCCCACAUGGACGUUUACGUUCGGUCCAUGUCGUCGUCUGCCAGCUAUAUUUCCGUAUAAACCUGGGGCAGUGGAUGGCUCAUGACAAUCAGAUGUGCAGAUGCCGAUAGCAGGGUGUUUAGUUAGGUUAGCGUGCAUUAGGAUAGCUAGGAUAGACACGGAAGACGCUUGUGAAUACAAGCGUCCCUCCCCCCCCCCCCCCAGUGGAUGUCGUCGGCUACUUAGAAUGUGUGCCACGGCAAAAAAACGGGUGUAUGUGAAGCCAUUCUAGCCGUCGAUUGCAAAACUUAAAACAAGUGAUAUUUGAUACCAGCUGCCAAAAAACACAACAAAAAGAAAAAAUCAUUACACUCAAGAAACAAAACAGACGCAAUCGAAUAAAAUAAAUUAUGACACCGCGAAAACAUCACUUCAUCUCUGCCCCGUACUUAGGAGAUGUCUCGGCGUAGGAUACACCGGCCUAUUACUGUUCGUGAUGUGUGGUGACGGGUGAAAAUUUGGGAGCUCCAAAGAUAAGAACGAUCGCUUCGCCCCCAUUAUGUUUUUCCUGCUCCCGAAGCUCUAGAGCACUGCAUGGAUGCAAACGAAGAGGAAAUAGUGCGAAAAGGCAAAGCUUACCUCCCUUUAGUUUAGUUAAGGACGUAUUUUAAUAUAGCUAAAAUUAAACGGAGCGAAAAUUAAACAAAAAAAAAAGGAAACAAAAAAAAAGUUACACAAAUUCCAAUAUUUAUCUACACAAAAAAAAGGCUAGCUAUAUACCAACUUAAGGGAAAUGUUUUGCUGCCUGCGCCUGAAAUAGGGCGAAAAAUUCUAUGAGGGAGAGAGAGAGAGAGAGAGAGUGAGAGAGAGAGAGAGAGAGAGAGGGGUGGGGGGGAGAGAGAGAGAGAAUUAUGAUAGAUAGAGUGGCAAAUAAAUUAUCUUGGACGUGAGUAACUCGUGAGUGACAGAUUCAUCACACCGCUGUUCAUUCGUUUCCGGCAGUAAUUGACUAAAAUUCUAAAUUUACUGACUCAGAGUCACCCGUAGCGAUUUGUCAGUCGAAUCAUUUUGAGGUUAUAGCGAAUGGCGAUGGAAACGAAAACACUGCUAAACGUUAAAAAAAAAUCUAGCGAAAAAUGAAUGAUAAUCUAGUAUGAAUGAAAGGCGGCGUUUAAACAUUUGCAUCAAUCUGCUAACGCAAAGAAUAGUACGAAGUAGUGAUGGCAACAUCAGCUCCGAAGCCGGCUUCACUGAAACGGAGCGGAGUGUUAUCGGCUCCAGAGCCGUCGAAGCGGAGCCGGUUCUGGGAUGAAGUCUGAGCCUGGUCCGGAGCGCCCAUCACUAACACGAAGUGAAUUAAACCAAAAGCCAGAAACAAAAUCAGAAAAAAAUGGCAAAACACGUUAACAAUUGCUAUUUUAAACAAAAGCUUAAAAGAUGACGGAGCAAAAGGCUUGAUGAAUGAAGCGAGGAAACAAAACAAAAAAACCAAAAGGCUGUUAAGAGUGUGUGCGUGCGAGUGUUGGCGUUAGGUGUACCGUAGGGAGGACCGUAGUAGGUGUGUUGUUUUUUUCGGUUUUGGUUUAAUUGUUUGGAACGAAUUCCGUUUAACAAAAUUGCAAAUCCCCCUUCCAUCCCCCCCCCCUCCCCUCCCUAACCCCCUUCCUGUGCGUUUCCAUACUUUUAUUCUCCACAAUUUCCACUUAGUGAUGGGAAUAACCACUCAGAAACGUGACUUAAACCAGAGUGAAUGAGUUAGAAUAGUGAGUUAAAUCUUGUACUCACUCUUUAAGAGUUAAAUCUCGAGGAAUGAUUUAACUCCCCUUGCUGACUAAUCACUCACUUCGUUUUAACUCCCUCACUAUGGUUUAACUCACACACUAUAUUGAAACUCACUCGUGAGUUGAAUAUUGCUUCGAUAAAUUAAAAAUAAAACACGUUGGCAAGAUGAUUUUAGUGAAAAAAAAUUUGUGUUUGAGAUAAAAAUAAUAUAAUGCAAUGUUAAACGAAUGAGUUAAAACGAAGUGAGCAAAUUAAAACGUAGUGAGUGAAUUAAACCAUAGUGAGUGAAUUAAACCAUAGUGAGUGAAUUAAAACACGGUGAGUGAGCGGUUAAUCAGUAAGGAGAGUUAAAUCAUAAGUGAGUUGAAGUUACUCUUAAUGAUGAUUUAAAUCAUCUCAGUCAUUGCCAAGAUUUAACUCCUUCACUCAUUCUGACUCAGUUUGCACAUCACUAAAUUCUAAUCGCUUUACACGUGUUAAUUAAUGAAUUGCCGUUGUGGUUUGAUGUGUCUCGUAAGCAUUAACAGUAAAACAGCAGGAAGAGGAAGCAAACUUGUAUCUACUCCUUUUAUGAUUAACACAACAACAAAAAAUGCAUGCGCUUAGGAGCAAGCCGAAGACGGGAAGGAGCGAACGGGGGGGCGAGCAAGAAUAUUUAUCGGUGCGGUACGGCACUGAGCUUCAAUUGCCAGGGUAGCGGUGCAGCUUAUGAAGCUAUUUAUUUGAGCGCUGAGUGCACAGCGGACUGUUGUUGAUGCCUAAGAUGUGAUGUGCAAAAUCAAACAAACGGGAGAAAUGAGCAUGCGUAUGCGGCACUCGGGGGUAGAUGGUGCGCGAGAACAAAGUUCAGAUCUUCUUAUUAAUGAUUCAGUUACUUUGUAUGUUAGAGUUUAAUGCAAAAAAAGCCCCGUUUUAAAUAAAACCGAACAUGUAAAACGUAA